AUGAUGGAUUUUGAUGAGCGUGGUCCCUGCUCCUCUAACAUGUAUUUGCCAAGUUGUACUUACUACGUCUCGGGUCCAGAUUUCUCCAGCCUCCCUUCUUUUCUGCCCCAGACCCCGUCUUCGCGCCCAAUGACAUACUCCUACUCUUCCAACCUGCCCCAGGUCCAACCCGUGCGCGAGGUGACCUUCCGCGAGUACGCCAUUGAGCCCGCCACUAAGUGGCACCCCCGGGGCAACCUGGCCCACUGCUACUCCGCCGAGGAGCUGGUGCACAGAGACUGCCUGCAGGCGCCCAGCGCGGCCGGCGUGCCGGGCGACGUGCUGGCCAAGAGCUCGGCCAACGUCUACCACCACCCCACCCCCGCCGUCUCGUCCAAUUUCUAUAGCGCCGUGGGCAGGAACGGCGGGGGCUUCCACGGCCAUGUCCUGACCUCUCAGGAGGCAGGAGGCUGGCCAAGGAGGCAGGAGCUGAUGGCCAGGACUCAGGCUGACAAAGAGCCGGCAGCUGCCCCAGAUGUUAAGGAGGGGGAAGGCUGGGGCCCGGCCGCCUUUACUGCCUCGGACCCGGUCGCCAGGUGCUGGAAGGUGAAAUGUCCUCGGGUGGCUGUUUGUUUAGUCUGGCCAGGCUGGAGGCAGCCGGCAACACCCACCCGGCCGCUUUCAAAGCGGCCUCCGGGCCCAAACUCGCCUGUUGCUGCGAGGAGCCCUCCUUUCUGCUCUGGAGGCGGCUUGAGCAGCUCCCUGGGGGCCUGUCUAGGGAGCUGGCUUUUAUCGGGGCUGAGCCUCCGCCUGCAGCCUGUGUCCAGACCACAGCAGGAGCCUGAAGGUGGCCAACGCACCCGAAAAAAGCGUUGCCCCUACACCAAGUACCAGAUCCGGGAGCUGGAGCGGGAGUUCUUCUUCAGCGUGUACAUCAACAAAGAGAAGCGUCUGCAGCUGUCUCGUAUGCUCAACCUCACCGAUCGUCAAGUCAAAAUCUGGUUUCAAAACAGAAGAAUGAAGGAAAAAAAAAUUAACAGAGACCGGUUACAGUAUUACUCUGCCAACCCGCUCCUCUAAGGUUCCAGCCAGCUGGAACUGGGUGGGGGGCUUCAUACACAUGAGAUUAUACGCAGAUUUUGCCCUUGACAAGGUCAAGGCACAGGGUGACUUUUGAAGAAAGGAGGUGUGCAAGAGAGGGGCCACUACAGGGAGAUAGCCCCGAAGGAGGUGGCCCGGGACUCUCUUGGGCAUCCGUGGUUAAGGUUCCUAACAAUAAUUGGAUUCGGAGAAUUGUGCACCAACUAGAAUGAAUGGUUUGGGACCCCUGGUGGUUCAUUCUUGGUGACUGCGGAGCUUCAGGCUGAGUGUGGUCUCCAUCAGGGACUGGGCCCUCUGCCAGGCCCCCUGGAGAUCGACCCCCACCCAGGACCCUCCACUUGGAGCCUGCCCACCCCACCCCCCAGGACCCCUGCAUCAAGAAGCUAUUCAAUCUCCAAACCUAGUUCAGCUUGGGGACAGGAGCAGGAGGAGAGGGGAGGAUUCCUAGAUGCCCAGAAUGGGGCUGCUUUCCAAAGCCAAUGUGAAAGACGACUGGACUAGGCGGUGCAUAGGAUUUGGGAGAGGGGUGCUGAUCCUUGAGGGGAAAUUAAGAAACCCUCCUAUUCCAAGUGGCAUUAGUGGCUCUCCUCUCCUCCUAGCCACUCACCGCACUGUCUCCGUCCUGAGCUGCUUAGCAUUUGCCUCCUGCAGCCCACCCAGUUUUCCCGAUGGAUGAGGGUCUUCGCCCUGGUCUGCACUCGGGCAGGCCUAAAGCCUGGUUGCAGAGUAGACUACUCCCCAAGGUGGAAGGCAUCAAAAAGCAAAGAGGCUGCCCCCAGGCCGCUGGCCCCUAGAUCUCUGCAGGAAAUGCCUGUGGAGCGCGGCAGCUUGGCAAAACCUCUGCCACACUUAAUGGAAGCUUGGAUUUGCUCAGCGGAGGAGCAGGCCUAGCCAGCGGUCCUCAGCUCUGAGGGGCGCAAGUUCCCCAAAACACCCGGUUCCAGCGCCACACUCGACCCUUCAACGCCCCAGAACUGAGCUUGGAAGCUUCCAGCGACCUUCCAAGAGCUCAAGAGUGAUUUGGAAUUAUUUUAAAAGAUAAAUAUUAUAUUAUAUAUAUAUUUCCCUGCAGGAACCAAAGCGAAUUUUAAAAGAUGCAAUGUAGAGGGGGGGAAAGAUGAUGAAGAAAUAUUUAAAGGCUCUAUCUGUUUACAGUGUUCCACGGUUAAACUCACUCACUGUUAAGAAUAUUUGAAUGUACGCUUCAUACAGGGAUGGUGUUCAGAAGACUUGUAAAUAAAGAAACCAUAACCUA